AUGCUUUGGCUCACAUCGCGAACAGGUUUGAACGAACGGGUCCAACGCCCGAACAAGAACAUUAACUUCAUCGAACCGCUGAAGGGGCCCGACCAUGAGAUUGCGAUGAAUAUACUUGAACGGGUGGCUGCGAUAGUAUAUCCGAUAAUGAAGAAGCACAACAUCAUUGUGAUGAAGCUCGAAGAAUUCCCACCGAAUAAAGAAUUUUGGGGUCGUAACUUCAACGCUGGGGAAGUUAUACAGUUGGUCCUCAAAAACCGCAAUGGUUCGUGGUUACCAAUCAGCAUGAUACAGUCUGUAAUGUUACACGAACUUGCCCACAACACGGAGAUGAACCACUCCCGUCGAUUCCAUGCAGUCAGACUCAGGUAUGUCGCCGAACUUGAGGAACUGAAACGUAAGGGAUACACAGGGGAGGGUUUCUGGGGUAAAGGCAACUCUCUUGACCCGUCGGUCAACUUAACGAAUGACCGCCAAAUCCCUGAAGAGGACCUACCAGCAGACCUGUGCGGCGGCGUCUAUAGACGCGCCAAAAAGAAGAGAAAGAAGGUAGACUAUCAGGAGCAGAAGAAGAAGAGAAUAGUCAAGAAGUUUGGUAGUUUGGAAGGGAAUGCUGUCGGAGGUGAUGAUGACCUACGGCAGAAGUUAGAGAAAGGAAAAAAAACGAAAGGAAAACCAAGGGUGGCGGCCAGUGCUAGGGGAAGAGAUCUAAGAGCCGAGGCCGCUCUAAAAAGAUUUGAAACUCAAAAGAAAGAGGACGCAACCAAAAAGGACGAAGAGGAAGAGGAAGAGGAAGAUGUAGAAGUUGAUGCUGAUGUUGAGGAGGAAGGGGAAGAGUUGGUGAAACUACAGGACGACGACAUCGACCUGAAAGCUUUGAGGGAUGAGAUGAGUGCACUGACUUGUAGUGGAAGUCAGAUGGAACCUUCUAAAGGUGCCUUGCCGGAUAUUAAGGACGCUGUGGCAGCAUCUAGCAGCAAAGGUUCGAAAAUGGAGCCCAUAGAAAUUGAAGACUAA